AUGACAGCAACAGCCUUAGUGUAUAGUGUUGCUUACAUUGUGCCCCUUGUUUCUUUUACGAGUUUCAUUUUCAAGAAGUGGUCAACAGCGUUCGCGUCGAUAUUCCUCGCUUUUGUGCUCAUACCGGCUUUAGAUGCUGUUCUUGGCCUCGACGAAGAGAACCCGUGUGAUGCCGAACUACAUAGUGGACGCCAUAAGUUGGCGUACAGGGUUGUGCUGUACGUAUGGCCGGCCGUGCAAUGGUCCUUUCUCUUCUGGGCAGCAAGGCUAGCAAGCGAAGGAGUGGAUCUGAGCGUUUCAUCUUUUAUUGGCCUUGGUCUAACUGCGGGCCUUUUGGCUGCGCAAGGGGUGAAUGUGAGCCACGAACUUUUUCACAAACGAAACGCUGCUGAAGUAGCGCUUGGGAAGGCAAUCUUGGUUUCUGUGUGUUAUGGACAUUUUUAUAUUGAGCAUCUUUACGGACACCACAGGCGAGUUGCAACGCCAGAGGAUCCCGCAACGGCCCGCUAUGGCGAAUCAUUCUAUGCGUUCUUCCCCCGUACAGUCGUCGGAUCCUUUCGCAGCGCUUGGAAAAUAGAAAGAGAGAGAUUAGCGAAGCGAGGCUUUCAAACUUUCUGCGUUGAGAAUCGGAUACUUAGAUAUUUCGCUUGCUCUGUUCUUUGGUUUCUGACAAUAUUUUUCCUCUACGGCCUCCGAGCAUGUUGCCUUUUCUUGCUCCAUUGUUUCACGGCUAUAACCCUUCUUGAAAUGGUCAACUACAUUGAGCAUUACGGGCUCGAGAGAGCUGUCAUUAACGUCCUUCCGAAUGGUGAGAAGAUUUAUGAGCCUGUUUCCAACUGUCACAGUUGGAAUUCCUCACAUCGCCUAACAAAUUAUAUCUUGUUCAAAUUGCAGCGUCAUGCGGACCAUCAUCGACAUGCCGAUAGGCCGUAUCAUUUACUCGUUUCAACAGUAGAAAGUCCACAACUCCCUGCAGGCUAUCCAACAAUGAUCAUUUUGUUGCUAUUCCCUGCACUCUGGCGAAAGUCGAUACAUCCAAUUUUAGACCGUGCGAAGGUGCCGUGCGAUUCGCGCAGAUUUUUAAAGUGA